AUGAGGCCAGGUCACGGCAGUCGGCCUGGUACGGCAUCUGGGCCUGCCAAAUUAGAUGCGAAGCUACUUCAAGGAGAUCGUUUUCGAGAAUCCAGAGACAAGCUUGAAACUAGCUUGAAGAGUAUUGAAGCCUUCUAUGCAUCCCCACAGGCUCCACGCCAUGCUGGCCCGCCAGAUUGUGGACGGUGCGAUACCAAAAAGAGGCGGGUCGCUGAGGCUUACUAUGAAUACUAUCUUUCAGACGCCCCAGGAAGAUGGGACUCUGAUCUCCUCGAAUAUCGAGAGGAGAUGCGGAGGAAGUUCAACCAGCCCGAAGGACCACAGCUAGAAGAGAUACACGCCCUCUUCCAAUCCACUCUUCGAGAAUACCUCAAACAUUCUCUCCUCGCCUCAAAAGCAACCGACAACUCUGAUGUCAAUUCCUAUAAAAGUAUGGCAGCCGACCUUCUAGAGCAAGGAAAAGCAACCAACGAAGUCCUCGAAUACUACUAUACCUCUCAACUCUACUCCUGCAACCAGUCAGCAUCAUCCAUAAUUCGCGCUUUGAACGAAUCCAAAACCCCUCGAGAACGCGCCCAGAUAUACAUCUCAUUCUACUGCACACCCUCUUCCACCGACACCCCCCAACAAAAGAACAUCAAGCAAAAAUAUGCACGCCUAUUCGAGCAACUCAUCCCCCAUGACGAGGUCCUCGCCGCAUGGCGCAAAGAAGCCGCUGCUUCCCAAGAAAACAAAAUAGCGGAUCUAAGAGGGAGACUACAAGAGCUGCAAAUGGGCCAGAGUGCGCAUCUAAAGGAUAAAGCGAGAAAAGCCGCGAAUGCGCAGAGGAGGGAGCCGAGUCCGAGCGUAGUGGCUUGCCAGAGGGAGGGAUGUCCGCUUGAUGUUAACAUUUCGGGCGUGGAGGAAAUUAUCGAGUGUGCGGUCUGUGAAUGGCUGGAGCGGAAUGGGGGACGGGGUGGAAGGUUUUAUUAUUGUUCUUUUGAGCAUUGCGAAGAAGACGCGGAAGAGCAUGAGCAUCGUAAACAUCAAUGUUGCAUGGACAAUCGAUGCACUUCCUACCCAGAGGCGGGACCGAACGAGGUGGACGGAGCGCAGAUGUGUGGCCUUUGCCCGGAUUGUAGAUAUCAUGAUGUUGUGAGCUACUUUUGCUCCGAGGAUUGCUAUCGUGAGAAUGUGACCACGCAUCGUGAGGAGUUUCACCAUGGAAGGGAUAUCCCGAGCACUGGUGCACCUUUUGAUAAAUUUCAAGCGGCCAUGGACGUGGAGAUUAUGUCCUAG